GCGCAUUUUGAUCCUUCUCGCUCGCUGUAGCUGCAGUUCGUACAAGCUGCACUUUGCCUCUUUUCUUUCCUGAGUUUGACAGUACGUUGUCAGGCGCUUUGCUUCUUUUAUGCGUCGAGCGUCAUGGCUUCUAGUGGUUCUAUCCAGAUUCCCAGACGGCUGCCUUUGCUUCUGACACAUGAGGGGGUGCUGCUUCCUGGCUCCUCUAUGAGAACCAGCGUGGACACCCCGGGUAAUAUGGAGCUGGUGCGGAACCGAUUGCUUAGGGGUACGUCACUGAAAAGUACAAUAAUUGGCGUGGUCCCAAACACCAGCGACCCGAGCAGUGAUAGAGAGGAGCUUCCUUCCCUGCACAGGAUCGGCACAGCAGCGCUAGCUGUUCAGGUAGUUGGAAGCAACUGGCCCAAACCACACUACACCCUACUGGUCACAGGCCUGUGUCGAUUCCAGAUUAUUGAAGUCCGAAAAGAACGACCAUACCCAGUUGCAGAAGUGGAGCAGUUAGAUCGACUUGAGCAGUUAAGCAGUAAGGAGGAAUUUAAAGAAGCACUAGGAGACCUCUCUGAGCAGUUCUACAAGUAUGCUGUACAGCUGGUGGACAUGCUGGAUAACUCUGUACCCGCAGUAGCAAAGCUGAAGCGCUUACUUAACAAUCUGCCAAGAGAACUACUACCAGAUGUUCUGACAUCAAUUAUAAGGACAACCAAUGAAGAAAAACUCCAGAUUUUAGAUGCUGUUAGCCUGGAAGAACGUUUUAAGGUGACCAUUCCUCUGUUACUGAGGCAAAUCGAAGGGUUAAAACUGCUGCAAAAAACACGUAACCCCAAACAAGACGAUGACAAAAGGAUUGUAGCCAUUCGGCCUCCGAGAAAGCUUGGAAAUGUAUCUGGCAAAUCAUUUUCCCUGGAAAACACAGAUGAUGACGAUGAAGAUUCAGAUGACAUUAUAAUACUUGAGAAAAAGAUAAAAUCCUCUAACAUGCCAGAACCAGCUCUAAAAGUAUGUGUAAAGGAAAUAAAAAGGUUGAAAAAGAUGCCACAAUCCAUGCCAGAAUAUGCUCUGACUAGGAACUAUUUAGAACUAAUGUCUGAGUUGCCCUGGAGUAAAGCCACAAGAGAUCGCUUGGAUAUCCGUGCUGCUAGAAUUCUAUUGGAUAAUGAUCACUAUGCCAUGGCAAAGCUGAAAAAAAGGGUUCUGGAGUAUCUUGCUGUCAGACAACUUAAGAACAAUUUAAAAGGUCCUAUACUUUGUUUUGUGGGUCCUCCUGGAGUGGGAAAAACCAGCGUGGGAAGGUCCAUCGCCAAGACGUUAGGGAGAGAAUUUCAUAGGAUUGCACUAGGGGGAGUGUGUGAUCAGUCUGACAUCCGUGGACACAGACGCACUUAUGUGGGCAGCAUGCCAGGCCGUAUAAUCAAUGGCUUAAAGAUUGUUGGGGUCAAUAAUCCCGUUUUCCUGUUGGAUGAAGUUGAUAAGCUGGGGAAGAGUUUGCAGGGAGACCCAGCAGCAGCUUUGCUAGAGGUGCUGGAUCCAGAGCAAAAUCAUAACUUCACUGACCACUACUUGAAUGUGGCCUUUGACCUCUCUCAGGUCCUAUUUAUUGCCACCGCCAAUACCAUUUCCACAAUUCCACCUGCACUUCUUGACAGGAUGGAGGUUAUAGAGGUGCCAGGUUACAGUCAAGAAGAGAAAUUAGAAAUAGCUCACAGGCAUCUUAUCUCAAAGCAACUUGCCCAGCACGGUUUAACCCCUGAACAAAUACAGAUUCCUCAGGAAGCUACUCUGGAGAUUAUAACUCGGUAUACUAGAGAAGCAGGGGUCAGAUCACUGGACAGAAAACUUGGAGCUAUUUGCCGAGCUGUUGCUGUAAAAGUAGCAGAGGGACAACACAGAGAACCCAAGUCAGAGCAUUUGGAGGCACCCGAGGGAGAAGAACGCAAAGAGAGCAUCCCAGAAGGUUCCAAAUCUGGAACAAUUCACGACACAGCAGACUUUGCCCUGCCUCCUGAAAUGCCAAUUCUUAUUGACCGCCAUGCACUGAAAGAUAUCCUUGGUCCUCCUAUGUAUGAUAUUGAGGUGUUUGGGCGAUUGAAUCAGCCUGGUGUAGCCAUUGGCUUGGCCUGGACCCCACUGGGUGGGGAGAUCAUGUUUGUGGAGGCCAGCCGGAUGGAUGGAGAAGGCCAGCUAACUCUGACUGGGCAGCUGGGAGAUGUUAUGAAGGAAUCGGCACAUCUAGCAAUUAGUUGGCUUCGUAGCCAUGCAAAAAAAUAUCAGCUCACAAAUGCAUCUGGAAGUUUUGAUCUCCUUGACAACACCGACAUCCAUCUCCACUUCCCAGCUGGAGCAGUCACAAAAGAUGGACCAUCUGCUGGUGUUGCCAUAGUAACCUGCCUUGCUUCACUGUUCAGCGGCAGGCUGGUGUGUUCUGAUGUAGCCAUGACUGGGGAGAUCACAUUAAGAGGUCUUGUUCUUCCUGUCGGAGGAAUAAAAGAUAAGGUGUUAGCAGCUCACAGAGCAGGACUGAAACGGGUCAUCCUCCCCAAGAGAAACGAGACUGAUCUGGAAGAGAUUCCCCUUAAUGUGAGACAGGAUCUAGAAUUUGUACUUGCAGGAUCUUUAGAUGAAGUCCUUAAUGCUGCUUUUGAUGGUGGAUUUUCACUCAAGACCACCCCUGACCUUCUGAACAGUAAACUGUGACCUGAGUGGAGCAUGUUUGCUCAGUCUAAAAGAGAAAACAAUCCUUGCCAUUGCAGUCCCAUCAGCAGGCUGAUUAAGUGGAUUGGUAGGCCCCAUGUAUGAAUGCCAAAAUGGCUCUUACAUCCGGGUACUGACCUGAGAUUACACUCAUGGGUGGACCAUAUUUAGGCUCAGCUCUGUGCUCUAGUUUUAUGCCUGUAGCAGCUGCUGACUGUAAUGAUAAGGAUACAUGUAGUUUAGCACAACAUGGGAUAUAUCCAUGUCCUUAGUCUGCUAUCAGCAGCUUCAGUUACUUGUCAGCCUUAAUCUAUAUGUCUUUGUCCUUAACACUGCAAAAUGAUCUCUAUAAAAUUGGCUGUACAUUGUGGGGAAAUAGAGCUUAUUAAGGAGAGCUUGACAUAGGUUAGAUGUUCUAAUUGGGUAGUAGAUUGCAAUUUUGAGUUAUUUGGAAAUUAACACAUUAUUAGGAAACCCUGUGCAGGUACUGUAGUGUACGUAUCUACCUUUUCCCAUAUUCCACCCCAGUUUUUUUGGCCAACUAGCUGUACCCCGAAAUGUGUUCCUUUUCUCUAGCUGUAAAUUGGGUUCCUCCUAUUGUUUCCCAGUUUGUAGUCAGCACUAACACUUUUCAGAAUAAGUCUCAAACUCAAAGGUGAACAUGGAAUUCUGGGAGAAAUAAUAUGCACCUGGAUGUCACAGAUGGAUACAAUGUAAUUUUAACACAUGCAGGCAAAAUGCAUCAGUAUACAAAUGUGCAGUUGAAUAACAAUUGAUAAUUAUUUAAUUUUGCUAUUUAAUAAAAAAAAAUGUAUAUAUAUACA